AUGGCAUCAAAUGAAGAAAAAAUUGAAUCUCUUCCUCCGUCAAAAAUGACACGUCAACAUUAUUUACUUUACGUUAUGAUCGCAUUGUUCAUGUAUUCCACUGUAUGUUCAGUCGUAGUGGAAACUCAAUAUGCUUACUAUGCUGUUCAGCGAGAAAGAAACAUUACAGACUCACUAUCACGUGAUGCACCAUGUACAGUUAAUAAAUCAACAAGCCAAUACCUCCUUCAACAGGAAAUACAAAGAGAGACAGCACAGUGGAAUGCGUAUGGUCACAUAGCAAGCGCUUUCCCAGCGCUAAUCAUGACAAUCUUAGUUGGUUCAUGGAGUGAUAAAAUUGGACGAAGAGUUGCACUUAUCAUUCCAAUUCUAGGACUUAUUUUCAAAUGUUCUUUUCUAGCUAUUUCAGUACAGUUAGAAUUGAACAUUUAUUAUUUAGUGAUUCCGUUUUUUGUGGAUGGUAUAGCCGGUACUUCUGUCGGUUUUAUCUCUGCUGCUCUGUCGUUCACCGCAGAUUUGACGAAAUAUGGCAAGACUAGAACAUUUGGUAUUGUUCUGGUUGAAAUGACCCUUGGCAUAGGCGUGACGACAGCUAACAUAACUUCAGGAUACUUAAUUAAAUACGCAGGAUUUUUAUAUUCUGUAGUUGCAUGUUUAUCAGUUGCCAUUCUGACUUUGAUAUUGAUAAUCUUCUUACCAGAAACCGUUCAGACGAAGAAAAAUUUUCAAAGCGUCUCACAAAUACAAUAUUUUAGAAAUUCUAUUAACUUCUACAUACACAAAGGUCCUUCUCGUUGGAAAUAUAUCAUUCUUGCUGCUUCAUUUGCAUUGUCUGUUAUGCCAACUAUUGGAAGAAAUAACGUCCAGAUAUUUUAUUUACUUAAUUCUCCAUACUGUUGGAGUUCUGUUUUGAUUGGUUGGUUUGGAGCUGCAAGAUCUGUGUCAGAAUUAAUCAUUGGCUUAGGACUUGUUCGUCUUCUACGGAAAUGUAUGUCUGAACGGCAAAUGUUGUUUGUAGGCACUCUAUCAGCAAUUGGUUACUACACCCUGAUGUCAACUGCAGUUAACGAUAUCAUGGUAUUUUUAACUCCUGUUGUUGGAAUUAUGUCACACUACCCUAAGCCUAUGAUACGGUCUUUGUUGUCAGCAAUCACAGCCAGAGGUGAACAAGGUGCAAUGUUUGGAGGUUUGACAGCCAUUGAGUCUACAUCUGCUUUGUUGGGUUCGGUGUUGGCUAACUUUAUUUACGGAGAAACAGUUGCUAUUUACAGAGGAAUAGCUAUGGCUAUAUUUGGUGUCUACCAUUUCAUCGCCCUUUGUUUGAUAAGCGUAUUCAUAUUUAGAGAAAAACGAGAAAAGAAAAUCUCCGAGGAUGUGAAUGUUGGUGAUGAGAAAAUUAUAUAUACAAUUAAAAUGUGA